GGGAUUUUUCCUUAGAUUACCCUAUAUAAUCGCCGCCGCAGCGCCUGGCCAGUAGCCCCCUCCGUCCGAUGAAUGGCCAGGCUGCGCUAGUGUUGAGAAUGAAGGAGAAGGAAAUUCAUUCAUAGCCGCUCUCCUUGGCAGCGACAACGCGAACUACAAUGCCGUCGCUGGAUUUUUGAGGUAGCGCAGGCUGUUCAAGUUCUGAAUCACGACGCCCAGUCCUGCAACCGGGUGGCUGCUAAUCAGUGGCUCGUUCAGUUUCAGCAGACCGGCUGUGCUUGGGAGGUUGCGACUUCCAUCCUCACCACCGAUCACCUUCACCGUCAUAUUCCUUCUCUGGUCUCCAAUUCAGAAGUCGAGUUCUUUGCCGCCCAGAUUCUGAAACGAAAGUGAGUUCUUGCAGUUAAAGCUCAAACUGUGUGGUGGCUCUUCAGAACAAGUACAACAUACCUGCCCGCUGUUUCUUACUGCAAGCCGUGAACAUGUUAAACUUUUACUGUAAGCCUUGAACAUGCUCAACUGGUUUCCGCUCCAGUUUCCUGUUUGAAGGCUUAGCCGAUAAAUCAAGCUUCAUUAUGUUUUUCCCUAAACCCCAAAACACCCGUAUAAAUGGGCGAGGGAUUAGUUAGUACAAAAGCCUCUCAAAGUACUCUGGCUUUGGUCUCCGAUAACAACACCUCUCUCAAAUGCCAUACUGUCCUUUGUUUAACACCUCUCUCUUUUACUAUCAUUUGUUGUCUCUGACUUUUUGUUCUCUUCCUGUCUCUCACUUCCGCCCAUCUUUAGUUGUCUGCCCCGCAGCAACGCCAAUUUCAGGAUUGGUUCUUGAUUUCUUUGCGUUGCUUAUGAGCUUAUUCAUCACAUGUUGUCAAGUUUGCUUGGGAUGAUUGAUUUUGGUCCAUGAUUGAUUUGACAUGCAUGGAGUUGGCUGAUAUGAAAUACAGAAAGGACUGAUGCAUGUGAUCCAUAGCGAAGGACAUUACUUACAAUCUGGGCCUAAACAUGCUCUGCUGAAUGCUCUACUUUUGGCUGCAAAAAGAUUUAGUGCUGGUCCUCCCCAGCUUUUAACACAAAUAUGUCUUGCACUUGCUGCCCUUAUUCUUUCUUCUGUCGACGAUAAGAAACCCAUCGAGCAGCUAUUUUACAGUCUGCAGACUCUGCAGAAUGACGAUGAUGGUAAUGUUGCUGUUUUGGAGAUGCUCACUGUUCUUCCAGAAGAAGUUGCUGACACGCGAAGUACUGAUAGUAGUAUAAGUUUAUUCCAAAGAAGCCAAUAUGGCCAAGAGCUUCUUUCACGCACUCCUAUGGUACUCGAGUUUUUGCUGGAACAAACUCUGAAGAAGUACAACGGUGUUGUCCAACUACAUGAGAGGGAUAGGAAGAUUCUUCGUUGCUUGCUAAGUUGGGUUCGAGCUGGAUGCUUCUCAGAUAUUUCACAGGACUCAUUACCGACACAUCCGCUUCUUAAUUUUGUCUUCAACUCUUUACAGGUUUCAUCCUCAUUUGAUUUAGCAAUUGAAGUCCUCAUAGAGCUUGCAAGUCGGCAUGAGGGACUACAACAGAUUCUGUUAUACAGAAUUCAUUUUCUUAAGGAUGUGCUUCUUCUUUCUGCUAUUAAUAAUGGGGACGAGAAAGUGAUUAGUGGCCUUGCAUGCUUGAUGUCAGAAAUUGGACAGGCGGCUCCAUCUCUCAUUGUUGAGGCGAGUGUUGAGGCUCUAGCGUUGGCUGAUGGACUAUUAAGGUGUGUGGGAUAUCCAAGUGAAGACUGGGAAAUUGCAGAUUCAACAUUGCAAUUCUGGUCUAGUCUUGCAAGCUAUAUACUUGGCCUUGAUGCUAGUGGUGCGGUAGACAAGAAACAUGUGGAAGCCAUUUUCUCCUCCAUCUUCUUAACAUUGGUUGAUGCACUUUUAUUGCGAGCCCAGGUUGACGAAGCAACAUUUAAUGACCGGAGUGGUGUUCUUGAACUACCUGAUGGUCUUGUCCAUUUCAGGAUGAAUCUUGUUGAACUUAUGGUGGACAUGUGUCAGCUUGUAAGACCUCCCCGAUUUGUACAAAAGCUCCUUUUUGGUGCCUGGCCACCAGCAAAUGUACCAAUUCCUUGGAAAGAGGUGGAAACUAAAUUGUUUGCUCUUAAUGUGGUUUCUGAAGUAGUCUUGCUGGAAGGCCAGAUGUUUGAUAUCUCUUCCAUCAUGCAAUUAGUCACGAUGUUAUCCACUUGGCCAGUAGAUGACCUCAGUGGAUUCAUGGGCGUGGUACGCAGAUCACUAACAGAUGUUGUUGGUUCCUACUCCAAGUGGAUAUCUGCUUCUCCAGCUAAUUCCAGACCCUUGCUAUUAUUUCUUGCUGCAGGGAUUUCAGAGAAUCAUUGUUCAACUGCUUGUACGUCUGCCCUACGUAGAUUUUGUGAAGAAUCUUCACCUGUAAUUUAUGAACCUGCGAAUUUGGAAAUACUUUUAUGGGUAGGAGAGGCUUUGGAGAAGAGGCACUUACCUUUAGAUGAUGAAGAAGAAGUAAUAAGUGCAAUAAGCUCAAUCCUUGGUUCCGUACCAAAUGAAGAACUAAAGUACAACUUGUUGGCUAGAUUGCUCUCCUCGAGCUAUGAUGCCUUAAGAAAACUUAUUAAUGAAGAUGGUGAACAUUCUUAUAGACAAAAUCCAGCUACUUAUACUCAGCUUUUGAAUGGAGCAGCGAGAGGAUUACAUAGAAUAGGAAUUGUAUUUGCUCAACUUGCAAUGUCAAAACCCAAUGGGCCCGCUACAGAUGACCCUUCAAUAAGGUUGCUACGGGUGUUCUGGCCCAUGUUGGAGAAGAUUUUCAGAUCCGAAUACAUGGAAAACAGUAACUUGUCUGCGGCAGCUUGUCGUGCGCUUUCCCUUGCAAUUCAAUCGUCUGGGCAACAGUUUCUAGUUCUACUGCCGAGUGUUUUAGAUUGCCUGUCUACAAAUUUUCUGGCCUUCCAAAAUCAUGAAUGUUACAUUAGGACAGCUUCCAUUGUUAUUGAAGAAUUCAGCCAUAUGGAGGAGUACGGUCAUCUGUUUAUCAGAACCUUUGAAAGGUUUACUCAAGCAGCAUCUGUUAUGGGUCUGAAUUCAUCGUAUAUCUGUGACCAAGAGCCUGAUUUGGUGGAAGCCUAUGCAAAUUUUGCAUCCAUGUUUGUCCGAAGCUGUCCUAAGCAAGUUUUAGCUGCAUCUGGGUCACUCCUUGAAAUUUCAUUCCAAAAGGCUGCUAUAUGCUGCACAGCCAUGCACCGUGGAUCAGCGUUGGCUGCAAUAUCAUAUUUAUCAUGUUUCUUGGAGGUUACCCUUGAUGUUAUGCUGGAAUCCAUCAACUCUAUGCUUGAGGGAUCAUAUUGUUGCAUUGCAAUUCAGCUCAUAGCUCGUAGAGGUGAAGGGCUAGUAUCAAAUAUUGUUUAUGCUUUGCUUGGUGUUUCAGCAAUGUCUCGGGUUCACAAGUGUGCAACCGUGUUGCAACAAUUGGCUGCGAUUUGCAGGUGUUGUGAUAGAACAAUUUGGAAUGCUAUGCUCUGUUGGGAUUCAUUGCAAGGAUGGCUGCAUUCAGCGGUGCAUGGCCUUCCAGUGGAGUAUCUAAAGCCAGGACAAGAUGAUACAUUGGUUCCAGUUUGGUUGGACGCUUUGGCUGGGGCUGCAGCCGACUAUCUUGACAGCAAGAGUUCCAAGGGUGUUAAGAACAAUUAUGGGCAUAUGCAAGGGAAAGGUGGAAGAGUCCUCAAGCGUAUAAUUCGAGAAUUUGCUGAUAGUCACCGCUGUGCCUUGACCCAAAUUUGAGUAUGUAUGUCUAUGGAAGCUCAGCAGUUUCAUUUAUGAGCCAUCACCAAUAUUCUACAUCGCUUUUCCAGCUUCCAUUUUGUGUGGUUAUCGGAUUUGGGUAAUUAGCUCUGCUGCAUUUGCCCCCUUGUUUGUUUGUACAGUUGCAUCUCACCAGGCUGGUUAGCUAAUCAACCUUCAAUAUUCAAUUGUGUACAUCCCUCGCUUAAAAGAAAACAAGUCCGACGUAACUUUUGUCAAGUCUUGAAGGAAUGAACUAGGAACCAAUUCGGGAUGUCAGGGACGUGAAACAGUCGAGACCAAAAGGCUGGACAUGGCCUCCAAGACAGAAGUGGCAACAGUCUGUCCCAGUUUCUAUCAAAUUUUAUCUGAUUUUGAGCCAAAAUAUUGAAGACGAGCAUUAUGCCAACGAACAUGUGUAUGGUCAUAUCACCUAACACGAGCCAAACAUAUCAUCAGUGUGGGUGAGAACUGGAAGUGAUGGUCAAUCUAAAUCGUGGCCUAAACAUCAUUGUGUUAGAAGCUGUAUGGUAUGGGCUUAGGCUUACCGUGGCCUCAAGCCCUCAACACGACCUUUCAAAUUAUAAAACUAUGUUUGAAG